AUGGUCACUAUUGCAACCCCGCCAUCCAACACGACGACUCACAUGAUACCGAAACCCAGAGAUGUGGUGAAAAUGGUACAAACCAUGGUCCGCGAACGCCGCGCUACAAGGGCUCGUUACAAGCUCGGCGCUCGGAAACGAUCGUCGACCUACCACCUCUCGAACAAGAUCGCUUUCGCGCGUGACACCUACUUCCAGUUGAUGCAACCGUACGUCGCAUCUGAACAACGCCCCCACAUCGUGUACACGGACGAGUCAUGCAUACACCAUCACUACAAGUGCCGCAAUCACACCUUGUAUGACCCCAACGAUGAACUUGAUCUUGAGACCAAGUAA